AUUUGAUCACAGUUUUGGACUUUGAAAUCAGUGAUUAGGAGUUACUUUUUGAAAUUACAAUCCAAAAAAAAAAGUUUAAAAUUAUAAACUACCGCCAUCUUUUGGGUUCUAUUAGUUUAGUAUUUUUAUUUUUGGUAUAAUGAGUGCCGGUUACAAUUGUGUGUCAUUAGACGUAUAUGUGCGUAACAACACACGUGUAUCAGUUACAAUCACAAAAAUGACGGGCACAUGUCGACUGUGUUUGAAAGAAUCAACAAAAUUAUCGCCUAUUUUUUGCAAUAAACAAGGACGAGAACAUUUUUUUGAUCUCUAUCGUAAAAUAUUCAUUUGCUGUGGUAUUGAUAUCAAUGAAUAUGAUGAAUUAUCAUCAUUUAUUUGCAAUGAAUGCGUGACCAAACUCAAUGCUGCAUAUGAUUUUCGUCUGUUAUGCCAACGUUCUAGUUCAUCAUAUUGUCGAUUACAAUCUCAUACCUCCAAGCACUGUAUAUGUUCGAAUCCGAAUGCUGAAACAGAAAUUCCAAAAGUAAAGAAGGUAAUGAAAAUUUGCCAGUCAACGGGCAUUCAGGGAAAAUACGUCGAGGGAGUGGUCGAAGAGAUACAAGACGAAGAAAUACAUGAUAGUUUCCAGGUUAAUGGGAUAUCAACAAUAAACAGUGAUGAUAAUCAGGUUAAUGGGUUAUCAGCAAAAAAUGCUGAUGAGAAAAAUAAUAAUUCGCCUGAUGUAAGCACAACAGAUCGUUCAGAUUCUAGUACUGUAGAGAGUAGUACAACUGGAGUUAGUAUUAACCAUGAGUCAAGCAAAAGUUCAGAAGAGGGUAAUAAUAAUGAUAUUGAUAACUUGUCUUAUGAAAAACGACUAGAAAUCGCUAGAAAUAAGUACAAAGAUAUUUUAGUUCUUAAUAAGCUCAAUAUACCUCCAAAAAAAACUGCCGACUCAACUAAACUGACUGAUUUUAUACAAAAAGGUGAUAGUAAUAAUGUUGAUUUUGGUAGUGUAGCUGGUGCAAAACAAAAAGAUGUUGACGAUGCAAAUAGUGUUAAAGAUAUUUAUGGUAAAAAUUCUCAAGUAGCAGAUAAUAAUAAAAGUAUUAAUCAAACUUGUGAAGCAACCAUUGCUAAUAAAAAUAAAAGCGUUGAUGAAAAUGCUAAUGAACAAAUUAAAGAUACGGAUGCAGCAGUUUACAUACAGCCGAUGAUUGUGGGAGAAUUCGACCAUACUUAUGAUCUUCGAGAACAAAUAAUUGUUACUUUUGAUGAAAAUAUUUCCGUUGGUGAAAAAAUAGAUAUUCAACUUGAUGAUAAUCAAGAGAUAUCAGCUAUUAUAUUCCCAGACUCGGAUGAAAGAACUGCUGCUGAAGAAGAAAAAGAAGGAGAACUUGAUUCGUUUAAAAAUUUCACUAAUGAAGAACAAACUGGGAUUGCACAAGUUGAUGAGGGCAUUGAAGAACAAGCCAUAAAUGCUGCCGAUCAACAUCAUAAUACUAAAGGUGAUAUACUUGAUCAGGGUAAUUACAUUUCUGGGAAAAGCAGUAAUUUAAUUGUUAAAGAUAGUGAUAGCAGUAUUGAAAAACCAAAAAAGUAUUUUAAAAGUAAUCCUCAAGUGCUAAAUAAAAGUAAGAUUAUAGUAGAUAGGAAAGAUAAAAGUUUAUCUUCGCGUAAGAGGUCUAGAUCUCAAGACUUUCAUGAUGUUAGUGAAGUAAGCAACGUACCUGCUGUUAAACAAGAUAAAUUUAAACGCCGCAAAUCAGGAAAGACUAAAAAGUCUAGUCUUGAUAAAGUCUGUGAAGAUUUUAAUCACGAUGUAUCUCAGGAAGAUGGUGUUGUUAACUCUGGUAACAGCAUUGAAGUUCAAGCCGAAGUUCAUGUUAGGGAACGGAGUCCAGAAUAUUCUGAACCAACUUCAAAAAUGAUUGGAUUAAAUAAUGUAACGCAAGGAGGAGUGAAUAGAAACAAAUCUCAAAAUAUGAAUAAAAUUAAUGUACAAUCUAAAAUUGCUGAUGAUUUUGAUCAAAUAUUGAAUCUAGAGGAUGACAUAGCAAUUGAAGUAGCUCAUAAUAUUGAAAUAUUACCUGAUGAUGCACUGAGUGUUGACUACACUGUUGGUAUACCAGACGAUGAUAUUCAAAACUCGAGUGAUAAUACCCAAGUGCCUAAAAACAAUUUAGCUUUAGUGACAGAUGAUAGUAAUAAGGAGUUGAAUCAAAAAAAGAAUGGUCGUAUUAAUAAGGCGAAUAAAGAUACGAGAUUAAAAAAUUCAAAAUCUAAAUUAGUUAUUGAUGAUGAUAAUGACGACGAAGAAAAAAAGAAAGACGGUGAUCAAUUGCCAAAAGACAGCAUUAAUAAAAAUAACAAGGUUUUGCUUAAAAACAAGAAUAAAUCUCGGAGUGUUGUAGCAGUUAAAAAGAAUGUUAAAGUCAAAGUUUUGUCUAAACGUAAAUUGAAAGAUAAAAGUAAAUUGUCGUUCAAGAGACUAAAAUCCAAGAAAAAGCCGCCCACCGAUGACGAAUCUACUGAAGAUGAGAUUGUGAGCAGUAUUGAAGAUAGCGAUGACGAUACAUCAGACAGUGUCCAAAUCAAGAGAUCAAGAAUAAAACAAUCGUCGAGCACCGAUGAAAACUUGGUAGACCGCGCAGUAAAAAAUAAUAACAACAAUAAGAAAUUAAAUAAAUCACAGCGUAGAAAGUCCAGUCCAGUACGUCCUUCUAACUCCGGUAAAAUGAGGAAAAAACUAUCCUGUAAAUACUGUGACAAAUUUUUUCUGUACCGUCUACCAUUAUUAAAACAUACACAACAACAUCAUCCUGACAUUAGUGAAGAUUCAGACACGAACAAAAAUAUAAAAACUCGUCGUCAUUCCUUACCUGUCAGCCAAAUUCUUUAUAAAAAUUGUUAUGUGAUCUUGAAUCGUAUGUUAUAUCAAAAUAAUGAAUUAUAUAAUUAAAAUUUAUAAUUGUUCCAUUAAUUAUAUUUAACACUUUUUAUAAUGCAAUAUAGUUAAAAGUGUUUUUCGUUAUACUCAAUUAUAAAAACAUUUAAAGCAACUUCUAGAACUUUUUCCAUUACUUGACGU